AAGAAAAAUAUCUAUUCGGCCACGAAGUAUUCCUAGACUCAGUCUACCACUUUCGUUAAUUGCAUUCGUGCCCGGCCAAGUCGUUCAUUUAAUACCUUACCUAAUCAUAUAUCCAACCCAGUGUCAUUCUCUAACUAUAAAGACUUCCAAGUUCCAAAAUGAAGCCUUCAACUCUCGCUUUUCUGCUCGGGCCUAUGGGCAUCGUAGCUCGCCCCUGUGGUGGACAUCGCCCUUCAUCUACUCUCUCGUCGGUUGGAAUUCCUACCACAGUAUCUUCAAGCCAAUCAGGUGCAACAUCUUCAGUGUCUACUACGUCUUCAACGUCUUCAAAGCCUACCGUUGCUUCUACCUCAUCCACAGAAGCUACAACAGUGACCCCAACCACCACAGGUUCAACGAGCAAGUCGACGGCUUCUUCUACAACUUCCUCCGCAGCCCCGACUUCAACGCCAGGCAGCGGCGCCUCGUCUGACAGUAUCGAUGCCCUUUUCAAGGCCAAGGGCAAGCUGUAUUUUGGAACCGCAGCAGACUCGGGCACCUUAUACAAGGCCCAAAAUGCGGCUAUCAUCAAGAAAGACUUUGGCCAGUUGACGCCGGAGAACAGCAUGAAGUGGGAUGCUAUCGAGCCUAGUCGCGGCGGCUUUAGCUUCGGCGGUGCUGAUGCGCUCAUCGAUUUUUCUGUACAGAAUGGCCAGAGCGUUCGUGGCCAUACUCUGCUCUGGUACCAGCAAUUGCCCGACUACGUCAAGGCGAUCACUGACGCCAAAGAACUCACGAGCGUGUUGGAGAACCACAUCAGCACCAUCGUUGGAAGGUACAAGGGCAAGGUCCGGUCUUGGGACGUCGUCAACGAGAUCUUCAACGAAGACGGCACCCUCCGGGACUGCGUUUUCACGCAGGUGCUCGGCGAGGACUUCGUCCGCAUCGCCUUCGAGGCGGCGCAUAAGGCCGACCCCGACGCCCUGCUGUAUAUCAACGAGUACCACCUCGAGAGCGGCACCUCGGCCAAGACCACCACGGGGAUGGUCGAUCACGUGACCAAGUGGCUCGCGGCUGGCAUCCCCAUCGACGGCAUCGGCAUGCAGGGACACCUCGGCGGCGGCAACCCGAGCGCGGCGGGCAUGCAGGCCGGUAUGGAGAAGCUGGCGACGACGGGCGUGAAGGAGAUUGCGGUCACGGAGCUGGAUAUUGUCAACGCGCCGGCUGAUGAGUAUGUCAAGGUUGCUGAUGCUUGCCUUGCGGUGGAGAAUUGUGUGGGGAUCACCGUGUGGGGUGUGAGCGACGCGAACUCGUGGCAGUCGAAGAGCUCGCCGCUGCUGUUCGAUGCUAAUUACCAGCCUAAGGCUGCGUACACGGCUCUUGUCGAGGCUCUCUCGUAGGCUACUGCGGAUAUACGCGUGUAGAUAGGUACCUAUGGAUACGUGGUAUACUUACCCGUCUAAUUACCUAGGUACCUUGGUGAUCUAUGUAGCGUGAUGAGGACUGAUAUCCUAAUUAUAAUACCUAACUAGGUUCUUGCCUAAUAGGUAUGAAUGCCUGUCUACCCAUCCUGCCUAAGCGUAUGAAGGCGCCUAUUGUAUGGAUGCAUACAACACCUCAUCGUAUCACAAGUGGCCUAUGAUAUAUGAUUCCGACUAUGGUACGUGACUUCUACCUCGGUUAAGCUAGACGCGACGCCGGCCAUCACGAUGUUUUAAAGGCGAAGGACAUGAGUUAAUAGAUACCUCAUCACUCAUGAUGAG